CAACAACGGCGCGGCCGAUGCUGCUUGACUUUGGAAGCUGGCUCUAGUUUUAUUUUUAGCUCCGCCGGCGGAAGAACACAGCGCGGCAUGGGGAGAGAGCCGCCAAGGAGCUGGGAAGAUGCUCUUCUAGCUGGACGAGAGGAUGCGCAUUUGCCGCAGGCCCCGUCAUUGUGAAACCGGACACCGACGUGCGGCGGAUGGGGUGACCGAGCGCGCUGCUCCGCCGGGGAGGUCCCUCGCUUCGGACGUUGCCGGGGUAGGAGCCGCCUGCGCCCGGUUGUAGAGGGGGGAGGAGGCAGGAAGGAAGAUGCGGACGGAGGAGGAGAGGGCCGCCGCAGAAGAGCCCAUUUUGGACGAAGGGUCAGGACGAGAGCAGCAACGGCCGGUCCAGCAGUCUCUAGCCUCGUCCCUGUGCCGGGAGUCCCACUGGAAGUGCCUACUCCUGACUCUCCUCAUGUAUGGCUGCUUCGCCACGCUCACCUGGUGCGCCCUGUGCCGCGUGCCCGUGCUAAGCUCUUCGCCCGUGCGCGUGGCCGCCGGCGACAACGCCACCUCGGCGGCCUACUACAAUGACGUGCAGCGCUUGGAGAGUCCGUGCUCCAGCGGCUACCUCUACAUUCCGCUGGCUUUCCUGGCCAUGCUCUACGUGGUCUACCUGGUGGAGUGCUGGCACUGCUUCUCCAAGACAGCCAUGUUGGCUCACGCCGAGUUCCAGGAAGUGUACGAGCGCGUGCAGAGGCUCCAACAGGCCACACCCUGUAUUUGGUGGAAGGCCAUCAGCUACCAUUACGUGAGGAGGACCAGGCAGGUGACAAGAUACCGCAAUGGAGACGCAUACACAACAACACAGGUCUACCACGAGCGUGUCAACACACACGCCUCCAGCUCAGAGUUUGACUAUGCUCGCUACGGUGUAAAAGAUGUGUCUAAGGAGCUGUUUGACCUCCAGCUGCAGUCUGCAGUUCGCCUCCGCUUCACCAAGUGCUUCAGCUUCUCCAGUGCACGUGCUGAAGCAGCCUACCUCACCCAACGAGCUCGCUUCUUCGGUGAGAACGAGGGCCUGGACGACUACAUGGAGGCCAGGGAGGGCAUGCACCUGAAGAACGUGGAUUUCCGCGAACACAUCCUGGCGUUCCCGGAUCCCGCUCACCAGCCGUGGUUUUCCAGGCACAGAGUCUUCUGGCUGGCCUCCGCUUUCCUUCUGUCAUGGCCGCUGAGGGUGGUGUCUGAGUACCGUACGGCCUACGUGCACUACCACGUGGAAAAGCUGUUUGGCGAAGAUGAGGAUGUCAGCGGGGUAGGCGGGCCGGGAGGGGUUGGAAGAGGCAGCGGGGGCGAGGGUGGGACUGAAAACGGCAUCCAUCCGGGAGGAAUCGGAAUGGGUCCUAACGGGUCGAGCUAUAGAGCCAUCUCGCGACUCAACACAGUGGACAUGACAGAGCUAGAGUGGCACAUUCGCUGCAACCAACAAAUGGUUCCCAGCUACUCUGAGGCUCUCCUCAUGGAAUUGGACAGUAGCAGUGGGACGAACCCCACUGCUUCCACGCCCAUCUCCGGGCCCCCAGGCACCACCCCCAACCUGGAGGGGACCCGGCCUCCUUUGGCCCUGCCUGUGGUGUUCAACUCCACGUACCUCCUCCAGAGCUGCCCCCGAUGCCGGCGAACCACAUCUAGCUCCAGCCUGCCCUCUCGUCUGAGGGCACCCAUGGGAACCACCGCCCUGCUUAAUGCCACCGUGGCGGGCUUGAGGGCGGCUGGGCACAGCGGAGGGGGGAUCGGAGGCAGGCUGGUUCUCAGUCGAAGCGGAUUCUCAUUGGGAAGGCUGAGCGGCGGGAGGCAGAACAGCCUGUUCCAUUCACGCAGCAUGGGGGGAGAGCUGGGAGGGAGUCGAGAAGAUGGAGCAGGAAGUGGAGGAGGGGGAGCAGGAUUCCUGGGCUUAGGCUCCAGGCAGGACAAUGAGGAGACCAGAGGUGUGCUGGAGGGAGAGGGGGAUGAAGAGGAAGAGGGGCACGAGGUGAUGGAGGAGGAGGAGAGGAGGCGGGAGGAUGUGGGGAGAGACAGGGAUGAAGAGGCGGAGCAGGAUGGAGGAGGAGGAGGAAGUAGGAGGGAGGGCGAGAGGGAACGUCCACCAUCUUACCAGGAUGCCUUCUUCUUCCCUGUCCUCAUAAUACACGGAGAUGAGAGUUGCCAUGCUGGAGACCGCCUCUGAACGUCUCCACUAUGACAAGAGGCAAACCAUUAGUGGUUGGUCAUGCUGGAGGGACAAGAAAACAUAAAUCUAUGCAAGAGCAGGAGCAGGCGGAGAACCAGUCUAAGAACACAAAGACUAUUAGACAAAAGUACUGGCACACCCGGUCAAGGUCUUCCACUCUAAACUGAUCCAAGCAAGUAUUUAAGAACCUUGCUGAUGGAACAAACUGUCGUUGCACAAAGUUGGAAGCACAUGUUCAUUAAGAUGAAAAAGUGUGACCCAGGACCUUUGUUCAUGCCUUCCGGAAGGAGAAUUGGAUCAGCAGCUGACCACGAGCCGACACGGUGCCAGCAAAGGAGGAGGAACAUCGAUUCGCUUGCCGUUUCCUCCGUGCUGACGCGGUCCUCUCCUCGCCAUUAGUGAUGCACUCACGCUCACACCGGUAUUAGUCAUGCGGCCCUCAAAAACAACAUAGAAGACGUCUUCAUGGACAUUCAGUCGUAAAACACAAUAAGUGAUGACAAGUGAUGGCACAUUUUGUUCACCAGAAAGUACAAUUUGAUUCAGACCUGGGGAUAGGUUGAUUGACAACACUAAAUUGGCCCUAGUGUGUGAAUGUGAGUAUGAAUGUUGUCUGUCUAUCUGUGUUGGGCCUGCGAUGAGGUAGCGACUUGUCCAGGGUGUACACCGCCUUCCCCCCGACUGCAGCUGAGAUAGGCUCCAGCACCCCCCGUAACCCCGAAAGGGACAUGCGGUUGAAAGCGGAUGGAUGGAUUUCUUUCAGAAACAUGUUGAGGAGACUUUUCGAGAGCUUUUGCGCAAAACAAAACAACGCUAAAGAGCUGCUCCCCCCCCUCCUUCUGAAGGUAAGCCAUCUGCCAGAUAUUUUAGACGCACAAAAAAAGUGGCUCAUCCGGAGCAGGCUUUGCCCCCAUCGAAGUAUUUCAUAAUCCAUCAACUAAAAUUUAAACGUGGAAGAGUCCUACUAGAACUCAACCUGGACUCUCUUCACCUGACUCUCGCCAGAUCCUUGUAGUUCGCUGAGCUCCUCACAAGGAUCUGGGACUUUUCAAUAGGAGAUGUAUUUUCAUGUAAAAAAAAUCAUUGCAUGUGAUUGGAUAAACCACUUGUCCGUUAUCUCGAAUGACGUGCUAUGUCAACCACUCACAUCGAAAUCAAGCCGUGACGCUGAUGAGAGCGACGCUGGGAAAUCCAAAACAGAACAGCCGACAUAUUGGAUAACGACUGAGCGAAACAGUCGCUUCGGCGCUACGUCACAUCUAUGAAAUCCUGCCUGGCGAUCCUGAUUGGUUCAUUCUUUCUUGCUAUCUUGAAGGAGUUUGCAUUGCCCUCGAGCCCAGAUCCUUGUGUGGAGCUCAGCGAACUACAAGGAUCUGGCGAGAGUCAGGUUUGGACUCUCUGGCCCACUUCCUAAAAAUUGGAUGAGGAUACACACUGAGGGAGCGGCAGAAGUUUCAAGUCCUACAGCAGCAACACUUUCCAAAGCACACUUUGGAUGAACACGUCUUGGCCUUCCUUCCUUGCACAUUUGAACAUGACACAGGCUCCCUCGAGACGAUGAAAGCCUGGUUCUCCCCGUGCUCCACAAGUAUGGAAAGCACACACACACACACAGACACACAGACACACACACACACACACACACACACACACACACACACACACACACAGACACACACACACACACACACACACACACACACACACACACACACACACACACAUUCUGUAUAGAAACUCUCAAAGACAUACAAUAGAGAACAUUUAUAGAGAUUUUUUAUGCUGUUAAUCAUGACUCAGAUAGUCCUCGUAUGAGCAAAAUCAAGCACUAAUGCGCACUGAACACACAUUUGUGUCAUUCUAUGUUAUGAUUUGUUUGGAUUGUAACGAUGGGACGCACUUUCAGUAUAUGUCAAUCGUGUGCUAUAGCCACUUGAACGCUUGCAAAAGCUACAAAACAUGCAACAUUUCAGCUUUUGUGUUUGUUUGCAGUUUUGAACGAAGUUCAAAAUGCCUUUAGUCGGCGUCACAAAUGUUUUUACGUGUGUCAACUAGGGGUGUAAUGGUACACAAAAAUUUCGGUUCGGUACAUACCUCAAAUUAGAGAUCACGGUUCGGUUAAUUUUCGGUACAGUAAGAAAACAACAAAAUAUAAAUUUUUUGGUUAUUUAUUUAACACAUUUGUAAACAACGGCAUAACAUACAAUACACACAGUGUCCAUUGCCAAGGUUAAUGUGGUCAACAUAAAUAAAAUAAAAACUAAAUAAGAUAAGGCUCAGAAUAGUUUCUUAACAAAACCUUUUUACAAACAUGGCGGAAUGGUGUAGUGGGUAGAGCGGCCGUGCCAGAAACCUGAGGGUUGCAGGUUCGCUUCCCACCUAUUAACAUCCAAAUCUCUGCCGUUGUGUCCUCUGGCAGGACACUUCUCCCUUGCCCCCGGUGCCGCUCACACUGGUGAAUGAAUGAUGAAUGAAUGAUUGGUGGUGGUCGGAGGGGCCGUAGGCGCAAACUGGCAGCCACACUUCCGUCAGUCUACCCCAGGGCAGCUGUGGCUACAGAUGUAGCUUACCACCACCAGGUGUGAAUGAAUGAUGGGUUCCCACUUCUCUGUGAGCGCUUUGAGUAUCUAACAAUAGAAAAGCGCGAUAUAAAUCUAAUCCAUUAUUAUCAUUAUUAUAUAAAUAGCUUUUUUUGAUUGACUGAUUGAGACUGUUAUUAGUACAUUGCACAGUACAGUACAUACUCCGUACAAAGGACCACUGAAUGCAAACACCUCAAUAAGUUUUUCAACUUGUUUGAGUCAGGGUCCACAUUGAUCAACCCCUCCGACCCCAGCCUGGCUAACCUGGCAGUAAGAGGAUAUAUGGGCUUAUUGUUCAUCCACCAUAGAAGUGGGUCAAAAUCUAGUUUUUAAUGCAAUACAGCAACCCCUGCGACCCCGAACGGGACAAGCGGUAGAAAAUGUAUGGAUGGAUGGUUUUAAAUCUGCUAUUAUAAAAAAAAUUGUUAUUGCUUCAGCCCGGCCAGACUCGCCGAGGAGAGGCUGCUUGAAUGCGGUGGUGACGCUUCAAAGGAGUUAGCAUGUUUGACGUGUUGGCAGAAGCAUACCCUACUGCUGCUGAACAAUGUCGGCAAACCUCCGUCCUCCAUUGUUGUAUCGCACCGCGCAGCCAAAGUGUUCCCAAACGGGAGACGUUAACGAGGCAGGAGGGUCUUCCAGCUCUGGCUUCUGCAUGUUGUCCUAGCCCGGUCGCUGCUAGCCUGCCGUGUGUUGUGCCUCGCUCUGCAUUGUUUACACAUCCUGCGGUGCGCUACCUAAUAUGUCCGUGUGGAAACUCGUUCGGUACACCUCCAAACCGAACCAAAACCCCCGUACCAAAAAGGUUCAAUACAAAUGCACGUACCGUUACACCCCUAGUGUCAACCAAUGGUGUGGCCAAAAAAAAUGUAGAACACAAAGUAGGCCUUCACACAUGCACUGUCCAAUAAGCAUGGAAAUGUCCUCCAUACGUUGCCUUCGUGUCCGUCCACUCUUGUAUCUCAGGAUUUUGAGUUGAAAACUUUUUGCAACAUCUGCUUCAAUUGUUGACACGCUUAAAGCCAAGUGUACACACUCGCAUGCAUGAGCAUCUUCUAAAAAAAACAACAGCACACACACACAAACAUUGACAUGGGGACAAAUAAUACAAAUAUUUGUCGAUGUGCACAAGCUGGUGACCAUGCACUCCAGGGUGCCUCUUGCCCGAAGUUAGCUGGGAUAGGCUCCAGCUCACCCGGGGAAAAGUAUGGUUGAAUAAAUAGCGCACAAGCUGAGUUAACCUUUUGGCCGCCAGAUGGCAGCAAAGCACUUUGUAGGGGAAGCCCACAGAGGGACAGGGUAGAAAGCAUCCAAACCAUCUGCUUAGAAGUGAUGACUUAUUUACCAGGAUGCUGAUUAACAUAAAAAUUUAGUGACAUAACUGCAGAAUAACUUAGAAUAAUGUGCCCCGGUGUAAUGCCGGGCGACUUUCUGAAUGAACAGGCAAUAAGUGAAGACAAUUAGCCUCCAUUGACUAAAUAUAUUACCUUUUCUGUGUGCUCAAUACAAGCUACCUUGUCUUUCAAAUGAAAAAAAAAAACACCAUCUGCAGCUAAAGUAUUGUAAAAAAAAAAAAAAAGGAAUGAAAACAGUCACAUGAUGCAGCUUUGUUUCUUUUAUUUUGUACUACUGAAUGAGACUGUCCACUGUUGAUGCCGCCAUGUGACUGAUGCAAGGACAAACCCUGUUUUUAACCGACCGGAGGGCGACAGCAAUAUAAAAGUACUAAUCUGUAUGGUCGCCAUGGCAACAAGAAUCCUCAGCAUCACUUCAUCUUUACAGUCUGAAUGGAUUUUGUCAUCUGUGACACACGAUGACUACAUAAUAUGCCACUUAAGUAUUUUAGCAGAUACUCACUGUCAGUUUUCAGGGCUUGUUUGGUUCAUUAAGAAGCAGCGCAGGUGGUCACAUAAUGCUGUUUGUCGAGUGAUGAUGAUGACAGUUGUGAAAAAUGCAAAUAAAGUCAAUCUGCUUCGUAAACCAA